CUCAGAAAACGGCUACUCUCUCUCUCUCUCUCUCUCUCUCACUCUUUCUCUUUCUCUUUCUCUCUCUCUCUCUCUCUAGCUUCCUUCUCAAAUUUGGGAUUUCGAUUUCUGUAAUUUUCUCAUAAGCAAUCAGAUUGUGUUCUUCGAUCUCUCCCUCCUUCUUCGAUAGAUUUCAUCAGUCGAUCCAGUUGCAAAGACCACAUUUGUUCAGUUAUCAGAAUGCCUACUCCAACAAAAGAUCCACUUUUGCAAGUGGAAACAACAUGUGGAUCGCUUCUAUAUGAACUUCAGAUUAUUUGGGAUGAAGUUGGCGAAAACGACACUGAAAGAGAUAAAAUGUUGCUAGAACUCGAACGUGAAUGUCUUGAAGUAUACAGACGAAAAGUUGAUUCAGCAAAUAAACGUCGAGCUCAAUUAAGACAAGCAAUCGCUGAUUCUGAAGCAGAAUUAGCAUCGAUUUGUUCCUCCAUGGGAGAAAGACCUGUUCAUAUUAGGCAGUCUGAUCAAACUCCUCGAAGCCUAAAGGAAGAACUAAGAGCCCUUCUUCCAGAACUUGAAGAAAUGAAAAAGAGAAAAUCCGAAAGAAGAAAUCAAUUUCUUGAAAUCUUGGAACAAAUACAAAAAAUACAAAUGGAGAUUUACACAACUUCUUCAAACACAAUCUUGGAUGAAACUGAUCUCUCUUUAAGAAACCUUCAAGAACUUCAAACUAAGCUGCAAACACUUCAAAAGGAGAAGAGUGAUCGUUUGAAGCAAGUUCUAGACCACAUGAGUUCCUUGAAUUCACUCUGUUUGGUGUUAGGAAUGGAUUUUAAUCAAACAAUGCAAGAAAUUCAUCCUACUUUAUCUGAAGGGGCAAAUAUGUCAAAAAGCAUAAGUAACGAGACAAUUUCAAAGCUAGCAAAUUCCAUACAAAGACUUCGAGAGAUUAAAAUAGAAAGAAAGCAAAAAAUUCAAGAUCUUGCAACAUCUUUAAUAGAGCUAUGGACAUUAAUGGAUACUCCUAUUGAAGAACAACAAAUGUUUCAAAGUGUUACAUGUAACAUAGCUGCUUCUGAAGAGGAGAUAACAGAGCCCAAUUUGCUUUCAGUGGAUUUCAUUAAUUAUGUUGAUGCUGAGGUGUCAAGGUUAGAGGAGUUGAAGUCUAGUAAAAUGAAAGAACUUGUUAUGAAGAAAAGAACAGAAUUAGAAGAUAUUUGUAGAAAGACACAUUUGAUUACAGAAUCUGAUACUUCAUUAGAAAUUGCCAUCGAAGCUAUUGAAUCUGGAGUUGUGGAUGCUAGUAGUGUUCUUGAACAAAUUGAGAUUUUAAUUGGGAAAGUGAAAGAAGAAGCUUUUAGUCGAAAAGAAAUUCUUGAAAAAGUUGAGAAAUGGAUGACUGCUUGUGCAGAGGAAUGUUGGCUUGAAGAGUAUAACAGGGAUGAUAAUAGAUAUAAUGCUGGAAGAGGUGCUCAUCUUACACUUAAACGUGCAGAAAAAGCACGUGCAUUGGUUAAUAAACUUCCAGGAAUUGUGGAAGCUUUAGCUAUGAAGACGGUAGCAUGGGAGAAUGAGAGAGGUGUUGAAUUUACUUAUGAUGGGGUUCGGCUUCUUUCCAUGUUGGAGGAUUAUAAGAUCUUAAGACAAGAAAAAGAGGAAGAAAGAAAAAGACAAAGGGAUCAGAAGAAACUUCAGGGACAAUUAAUAGCAGAACAAGAAGCACUUUUUGGAUCAAAACCAAGUCCAAUGAAGCAACAAAGUGCUACUAAAAAAGGGGCAAGAUUGUCAUUUGGCAAUUCAAAUACUACAAGCAACAGAAGAUUAUCAUUAGGUCAUGCAACUCCUAAACCGGAUAUCAAUUCCAAAACUACCCCUACUACUUCCCGUCCUACCAAAAAAAUCGAUGGAUUCCGCAAGCCUUUUUCUCCCAUUUCUUCCAAAACUACCCCUAAUGUCACAACAGAAGCUGAGAAAAAACACGACAUGCAACAAAAAACAUUUCAAAAUAACAAUAACAAUAUGUCGCCAUUUACUACCCCUACUAAAACUACGAUAUUUGGUUUAGAGGAUGAAAAUACAAAUAGAACUCCAAAAACAAAUUUAAUUCCGAUUUUACCCUCCACCCCAUAUACUACGGGUUCUAUUGCGAUGCAAACAGCUGUUACACCUGCCCCUGUUUUGAUAAAAGAGAUUGUUCCUGAAGAGGUUAUUGAGUAUUCCUUUGAAGAAAGAAGAGCUGGUUUUGUGGUUCCUAAAACACAUUUGAAGACAUGAUAUGAUGGAAUUUUUUUUUUUUUUUUUUGGGUUUUUUAAUCUUGUUUUUUUGAAAGUCAAAUUGCAAUUGGCUUGUAAUAUGAAUUGAAUUCGUAUGUUGCUCUUUUGGGUAUGUUAUUAUAAAAAUUGUUUGUUUCGUUUAUAAAUAAGUUGUAAUUUUUUUUUUCUAUCACAAUAAUAUUCAAAUUGUUUUUUUUGGUUUUUAA